AUAAUCUGUCACUGAAGUCAUUACAAGUACUGUUUGUUUGGGGUUAAAUGUCAGUGUGAAUUUGCCAAACGAAAGAAUCUUAUAAUUUUAUAUUAAUGCCCUUUUUUGUGUAAGUUAUGACAGUGAAACAUAUAUGUGAUCAAAAUGAAUAGCAUAAGAAGAUAGAGAAGGAUGGACAAAUACGAACAAUUGGCGAUAGUUGGUGAAGGCUCGUACGGUUUGGUGAUGAAAUGUAGACAUCGUGAAACAGAUCAAAUAGUAGCUAUUAAGAAAUUUCUGGAGACUGAAGAAGAUGCCACCAUCAGGAAGAUGGCCCUUAGGGAAAUUCGAAUGCUUAAAAGACUGAAACAUGAAAACCUUGUGGCAAUGAUAGAAGUCUUUCGACAUAAGAAACGGUUUUAUUUAGUAUUUGAAUAUUUGGAGGGGACGGUCCUAGACGAGCUGGAUAAAAUGCCCGGAGGGUUAGGAGAGGAACGGUGUAGAGAAAGGAUAUUUCAAGUAACAAGAGGAAUUGGAUAUUGUCAUAGUAAUCAUAUUAUCCACAGGGACGUUAAACCGGAAAAUGUAUUGGUUUCAUCACUCGGAGUGGUGAAAUUAUGCGAUUUUGGGUUCGCUAGGCUAAUAAGUUCUACGGGCGAAGCCUGUACAGAAUACGUAGCCACUAGGUGGUAUCGCGCUCCGGAACUUCUAGUGGGAGAACCCAACUACGGUCCUCCAAUAGACGUGUGGUCCAUUGGUUGCCUUUUCGCCGAAAUGAUGACUGGAGAUCCACUAUUUCCAGGAGAGAGCGAUAUUGAUCAGUUUCAUCUGAUAGUUAAACUGUUAGGAAAGCCCUGUUUGCGACAUCAACAGCUUUUGUCGCAUAACACGCAAUUCAAAGGAGUCAUAAAAUUUCCUAAUACCGAUGAAAUGUUAGGCUUUUACAAACACUUCGCUUCCUGGCCAACCAUAACAAUUGACUUUUUAGACAGUUGUAUGAAAAUGGAUCCUAACCACAGACUGACAUCAGACGAACUUCUAAAACACAGCUUCUUCACGCAUGAUAUGUUUCCGCAAAGAUUUUUACCAGCUCUUAGAGAAAAAGUCAAUAUUGAAUUAAACAACCCACUUUUGAGGAAAUACAAAACCGAAAUAUUGAUGUCUACGGAUAAAAGGGACGAGACCAGGAGAAAACCGAGUCGGGAAUCUAAAUGGAGGUUUUCGUUGACUGAAGGUACGAUGAAGAGAAAACUUAGCCAAGACGCUUCCAAUAACGAACCGGCGGUGACGAGUGACAAAAAUUUGAUCACUCUUUCCAAAACAGCGCAACGGUUGAACGUUCUGAAACAUAGAUCCGGUCAAGUUCAGCAUCUCGUCACUAAAGAUCGAUCCACCAAACUCACUUCCAGCAACAACAAUUCGGAAAUUCAAAUGUUGGAAAAAAGUCUCGAAAGUUUAGUCAAGUUUAGUAGUCGAACGGAACAAACAAAAACCGAAUCGGAGGAAUCCCCGCAUUUCGACAUUGGAGACUUCAAUCGAUCCCCAAAUUCGCACCAGAUUCUCCAUCCAACUAUAAACAAUAUCAGUUUUAGCAGAGAACCUAUCAAAAAAUCACCCAACAUUCUUCAAAACAUCAGCAACAUGUCUAAUUCAACAAGGCCGAAUCAAGUACCCCUAAUAAGCAACCCUAGGAGUCAGUUUUUAAAAAAGAUAGAGAGGAACGUUGUAGUCGAGAACAUUUUUAAUACAGGAGAUCAGGGAAACCAUCUGGUCGAAACUCCGAUGUGGUUUAACAGUUUCACUUCUAGUUUACAUAGGAAAAAAGAAAGUAGGACAAAGACUGAAGAUUUUUCUUUGCCUAACCUACCUGGAGCUACAAAUGGCAAUAGUAUGGGUAGACCGAAAAAAAGAACAUCCCCUGAAAAAUCUAUACCACUUUCCAAUGAAAUAACACCGGUAAGAGCAAUUUUAUCUAGUUUAGAACGAAGUGUAAAAGAAAAAGAAACACCCUAGAUAUAAGUCUGCCCUUUCCCUUUCAUUUCAAAGAUUAUGGGUAAACGUAUUUAUUAUAUAUGACAGCAUGGCUGUUACCUACGCGAGGGCUAUUCCCUUUUAUAUUGUAUAAUUUUAAUUAUUGUAAUGGGUUUUUAUUAUUGUUACUAGUAAUGAAUAAACUGUAUAUUUUUAAUAA